UGGCAGAAAAGAAACAUUCGAAUUAGUGAGAGAGAAGACCGCUCCCCCAGUUUUUUUUUAUUAUUUCCUUUUUUUAAAAUAAAUUUAAAUACAGUUUUUAUCGCUAUUUGCUAAGUUUAAGUUACAUUUUAUAAAAAAUAACUAAGCAAUAUUUAAAAUAAUAAAAAUUAAAAAAGAAAAUUUUAAGAUUUAAAAUAAAAAAAAAGUGAUUUUAAAAAAAUGUAAAAUGCCCAGAAUAAAAUUUUUUUUUGUUUUAUUGUUGUGUAACUCGCUAAUAUAGCGAAUGUGGAAAAUUAUUGUAGAAGUGUCAAGAGGAGUAAUAAAAAAAUAAAAAAAAAAAGAAAAAUUUCAUAAAGAGCAUUUCAAAAAAAAAAAAAUUUUUUAAUUUUAACAAUUCUUUUUUACAAUAAAGAAUAAUGUGAAAUUUUAUAUUAAAUUUUUAUAUUUUUUUCAUAAUGUCUCCAUUUAAUUAAUUUAAAAAAUUUUGUGAAAAUUUUUCAAAAAAAUAUAAAUAAAAUUUUUUUUUAAUAAAAAAGAAGAAGAAAGAAAGAAAGAAAAAAAAUGAAAUCUUUAAAGAUCGCUUACAUUUAGUAGUGAAGGAUUUUAAAGAUUUACGAAGAAGUUUUUCAAUAUAAAAAUUAGUGGAGACCAAAAUUGAAAAUUAAAUUGUAAGGAAAAGUAAUUUUAUAGCCAUAAAAUAUAGAAUUACUAAUCUACAACAUAUCAAAAACGGAGGAAAAAGUGAAAUUAUUUUAGAAUUAAAUGAAAAAAUUUUGAAAUUUGAUUAAGAUACGCUUUAGCGUUUUCUUGGCCGACACAAAUAAAAACGCCAAUUAGAAAACAAAAAAAAAAAAACAAGUAAUUUGAUAUUUUUACUUUCUUUCAUAACAAAAAUAAUUUAAGCAAUUAAUUUAUAUACCUACAUAGAAUAUAAUUUAAAAAAAAAAUAACAAUAAAUAACCGUUGAAAUAUAUUUUAAUUAAAAUAGAAACAAAACGAGAAACAGAAAAAAAAAAAAUGUCUUCAUUUGAUACGCGUAAUAAUUCGGCGUUAAUGAAACGCGCUGAACAAUUAAAACGUUGGGAAGAAUCCGAUACAAAUCGUGAACCAACAAAACCAAAAAAUUCAAAAGGUAGACGAAUUAAAUUUCCAUCUGGUUGUGUUUUUUUAGCUGCAUGCGUUGCCGGUGACAAAGAUGAAGUUAUACAAUUAUUAGAUUCUGGAGCUGAUAUAAAUACAACAAAUAUUGAUGGAUUAACAGCAUUACAUCAAGCAUGCAUUGACGAUAACCUAGAAAUGGUUGAAUUUUUAUUAGAAUAUGGAGCAGAUAUUAAUAGGCAAGAUAAUGAAGGAUGGACACCACUUCAUGCAACAGCAUCUUGCGGAUCUGUAAGCAUAGCAAGAUAUUUAGCUGAACAUGGAGCUGAUUUAACAAUAGUGAACAAUGAUGGCGAUUUAGCAGUUGAUAUUGCUCCACCAAAUACAAAUAUGAGCGAUUAUUUACAAGAAUUAUUUGAAUCAAAUCAAAUUGAUUGUGAAAAAUGUAGGCAAUUAGAAGAACAAACAAUGUUAGCUGAUGCUAAAAGAUGGUUAAGAAGUGAUGCUUCUGAAGCUGAUGCAAUACAUCCAAAAACUGGAGCUACACCUUUACAUGUUGCUGCAGCCAAAGGAUAUACAAAAGUCUUAAGUUUAUUACUAGCGGGACGAGCAAAUAUUGAUAAACAAGAUAAUGACGGUUGGACUCCAUUACAUGCUGCAUCUCAUUGGGGACAAAGAGAAGCAGUUGAAAUGCUUGUUGAUGCACAAGCUGAUAUGGAAAUACGUAAUUAUUCAGGACAAAAUUGUAUUGAUGUAGCUGAUGAACCUAAAAUGAGGAAGUUUAUGGAAGAAUUAAAAGCAAAUCGUAAAGUAUUUAAACGACCUUCUAGUCAAAUUAGAAACUCUGAUCGUAUUGAAAAUCAAAUUGAUUUCAAGAAAGUUCGCGUUGAAGUUAAACCAGUUGAAGUUAAAGAUAAAAUCAAUGAUUCAACAGAAAAUACUAAAAUUGAUAGUGAAAGUGAAGAAAUGGCUGUAGUUGUUAAUGAAAAUGAUAAUGUUAUUAAACCAAUAAGCAAUGAAUCGGGUGAAAGCGAUUCAGAUUUGAGCGAUUCAACAGAAAGUUCACAUUCAACCAGUGUUUCGGAAUCUGAAGAGGAAAUUUCAAAACCACCAAGUGAACCAGUAAAGAAAACAGCGUCCGAAAUUGUUGAUGAAGAUGCACCAUGGAGAAGGAAUAGUGCUCGAACACGCAAUAACACUCAAGAAAAAGUUCCUGAAGUGGAAGUAAAAUCAUCUGAAUCAGAUGUUAUUUUAAGGCGAACCCAAAGCUUUGAAAAUGAUCAGAAAUUCUAUCAAAAAUAUCAUGAGCUUCGGGCUAGAAUAAAAGCUAACUCAUGCCCGAUUCUACCAGCGACACAAACAACUGGUGUUUUAGGUGCUGUUAAUUCAUCAAACAAUAAUUAUUCCGUUCAAAGAUCAGCUUCACUUAAAGAUCAUAGAAAUUUCAGGAAACCAACAUCACCACCGGUCAGUCCUAGUGCACCAGCAGCACCAGUACAGACUAAUACAACAGCACUUGUUAGAAGUCAAAAUGAUACACAAAAUCAAAAUCAUGUAGAGGAAAAUCAUAAAAAUGAUAUGAAUUCAAAUGAUACGAAAGUAAAUAGUAAUGAAACAACGAAUCCUUUCCGUGUUAAAAUAUCGCCAGGAACAAUGAUCAAAAACUUCUUCAAAUCUUUUGUACCACCAGUACGUGAUGAAGAAAGUGAAACACAACGUAAAGCACAUGCAAAACGUGUUCGUGAAACAAGACGUUCAACUCAAGGUGUUACUCUAGAUGAAAUCAAAAGUGCCGAAGAACUUGUUAAAAAGAAGAAUUUAAAUAGCAAUAAUGUGACAACAACCACUAACAAUAACUCAACAAACAGUCAAUCCCAAACUACAACUACGACAACUUCAACUAUAUCGUCAAGUAAUCCCACAGUUUCGACAGUGACCACAACAACAACAAGUUUAUUAGGAACGGGUGGAAUUAAUGAUCGAGUACCAAGUACAGCAACUAGUGAUAUAUCUGUUGUAAUACCUGUAAUUCAACCACCUCCUACAAUUGAUACAACUACUUCAGAUAAAAAAGAAAUUACAACAACUUAUACAACAACAACCUCACCGUAUACAAUUAAACUUAGAGAAAAUAGAAAUUCUGGUAAUUUUGAUAAGAACGAUGAUAAUAAUUUACAAAAUAAUAAAACAACAUUAGGAACAUCAUUAAAUAUAGAAUCACCAUCGAAAUCUAUUUCUUCGAUACCAAUAUCAGAUUCAGUAACUACAUCAUCUUCAACAUUAAAUGACAGAAAAUCAAUGAAAGAUGAUAUUAUAACAUCUUCAACUGUAAUUAAUGUGCCUAAUAAUAAUAAUAAUAAUAAUAAUAGUAAAAAGACUGAUAAUAUGAAUAUAAAAACUAUAAAUCAUAUAAAUUCAGCAAAUAUUAGUGAUCAACAACAAAAUUCUGAUCAACAACAUCAACAAGAUACCACAUUAACAACGACAGUUAGAUUAAGAGAGAAACGAUCACUUUUUGAUAUUGAUAAUGCAAAUUCAUUAACAUUAGCUGAUAAAUUAAGAAAUGAAGCUAAUAAAUAUACAGAUGAUAGUGGAAAUAUUGGUUCAAAUACAACAAUAACAUCACCAACAACAACCACUGCCAGAUCAAUAAUAGGUAACAAUAAAACAACUGGAACAUUAAAUAAUUUAGAAGAUUCAACAAUUAAUAAUUUAUUAAAUAAUCGAAAAUCUGAUUCUAUGUCACCAUCACCGGUACCUGGCAGUGGAGGUGGCAUUGGUACUGGUUCAGACCGUAGGCCGUCUUGGCGUCUUAAAUUUGAUAGUGGAAAUAAGUUUAAACUUGAAGAUGCAACUUCAACAUAUCCUCCUAGCAAUAAUACAAUAAUUACAAGUGCACCAGCUGUUAUGGCAGCUGCAAAUCAACGACGAAGUAAUCCAAUAAGCACAGUAAAUCAAUCAAGUCAGCAGCCAGCAAGACCUAUUUCAGCACCACCCAUUACACAAUCGAAUACUGAUAAUAAUACUAAUGAAAGAAUUCGUAGUGAUAAUAACAAUAGAGAUGAAGAUAAAGAAAAUGACAAAGAGAAUGAUAGUCGUAGUGGUCAAUCAAAUCAAGCUGUAAUACAGCGAAGAAGAAAACAUAAAAGAAGGUCAACUGGUGUAGUACACGUGGAUAUGGAUGAUAUUGAUCCAGAUAAACAGGACUCACCUGGUGAUAAUGAAGAGAAAGAAAGCGGUACAGAUAGGACGUCUCGUUCUCGAUUAACAAAUUCAACAAAUUCUUUAGCAGAUAGUGAAACUGGUGAUAGUAAAACUAAGGACUCGAAUGGUGAAAUUAUUGACUAUAAAGCAUUAUGGGAAGCUGAAAAGUUAGAGAACGAUAAACUUAGAAAAGAAUUAAAAACAAAAUCUGAAGAAUUAAAUACAACCAAAACAGCCUUAGACAAGCAAUCAAAUUCGGCAUCGAAAAAUACUCAAUUGUCAGAACUUGAUAAACGUGAAAAACGAGCUUUAGAGCGUAAAAUAUCCGAAAUGGAAGAGGAACUUAAGCAAUUGGAUUUCCUUAAAACCGAAAAUCAACGCCUUAAAGAAGAGAAUGGCGCUCUAAUAAGAGUAAUUAGUAAAUUAAGUAAAUAAACACUUAAAAAGUUUUAAUAUUAAUAAUAAAUUACACAAUGUAAAACAAGAGAAAAAAUAAUGCAAAAUUUCACUUGAAAACAAAAAAAAAAAAUGUUAAUUGUAAUGUUUAAAUUAAUUUCUAAAUGAAAAAUUAUAUUAUAUAAUAAAUACCAUUGUAUCCUUUUGUAGUUAAAGAAGAUUUCCUUAAUUUUUAAUUAUUUUUUUUUUUUUUCAUAGAUAGUUUUUAAAUUAUAAUUUUUACACGAUUUUUAAAAUUGUUUGUUUUCCGUUUCAUUUUUUUCUUUUCAAACUUUCAUAUUAUAUACAUUAUAUACAUAUUUAUAUAUAUAUAUAUUUUUUUUAAUUUCAAUUGAAAUAAGAGAUUAAUAUUUUUUAUUAAAUAUAAUAUUUAAUCAGAAAUAUCAAAAUCACUAUAAUUGUAGUUAAAUGAAUAAAUCAAAAAUAAAUAAAAUAGACAUAUAUAGAAAUACAAAAUUAGUUUUGAUAUUAAUUUUAAAUAUGUAUUGUUAAUUAAAUACUUGUGAAUGACAUAAAAUAGCAUUAAUUAAUUAAUUAAAGAGCUUAAAAAUAUAUAAAAACUUAAAUAUAUUAAAUGAGAUCGCAAUUACUAUAGAACAUAAAAAAUUAUCAUAAUUAAAUAAAGUGAAAAAAAAAAACAAUUAUUAAAUUCUAUUUCAAACAUUGUAGCUUAUUCUGAAUAUCAAAUUACAUAUUUAGUGAUAGUGAUAAAUAUCGUAAAAAUUUCGACAUUAUUAUUGUAAACACAAACCAAAUAAUAUAAAUGAUUCACGUCUAUAAUAAUAUUUUUCAGGCUUUUACGAUAAAUGUUACUAUCAUUUAGUGAUUCGAUACUCCAGAAUAAGUUUCAUUAUAUAUUUUUGAUUUUAUCUUAAUAGACUAAAAAUUCUAUAUUCCCCUAUAUAUUCUACAUAUAAAUAUAUUAAUAUAUUAUUAGAUGAACAAAAAAACUCAUAUAUAAAAUUUAAUAAAAUUU